GUGGGUGGAACCCCCCGUGGGCCUGGAUAGCUCAGUCGGGAGAGCAUCAGACUUUUAAUCUGAGGGUCCAGGGUUCGAGCCCCUGUUCAGGCGGCAGGCUCCUCUUUCUUGCGGCUCCUCCUCCCCGGUGCGGCCGUCAGGCCAGGCCGGGGAUGUGCGGCCUGCUGCGGCCAUGGCCGAGCCCGAGCUGCCCGUCCGCUUCCAGCGCCGCUUCCUGGCGGCCCGGCAGCUCCGCUCCUUCCCCUGGCCGGAACUUGAGCAAAACCUACGGACUUCGGCAGGUUCUGCCCUGCUCGUGGAUAUCCUGCACAAGACCCUUCUCCACCCUCUGUGUGUGAAAUAUCCCCCUGCCACCAAGUACAGGAGGUGUUUUCUAACCGAACUCAUCAAAAAGCAUGAAUCCACAGCAGCUGAACCCCUGGAUGAGCUGUACGAUACCCUGGCAGAUCUUUUAAAUGAAGAAGAAUCUACUCGCUGUUACAAAAACUACUUGCUGCCCACGGGAGAUGCCGUCACCCUUUCCGAGAGCGUGGCGAUUAUCUCUGGAGGAACCACGGGGCUCAUCACUUGGGACGCUGCUCUUCAUCUCGCUGAAUGGGCAGUAGGGAACGCUGCCAUUUUCAGUAACAGGACAGUCUUGGAACUGGGAAGUGGGAUCGGCUUCACUGGAAUCGCAAUCUGUAAAACCUGCAAUCCCAAGACGUAUGUAUUUAGUGACUGCCACCCCUGCGUUCUCAAGCAGCUGGCAGAAAACAUCCGUUUGAACGGCUUCAUCUCGGAGCCCAAAACCACUCAUCGUAUCCAAGCAGAGUCCCGAGGCCAGGAGGCAGAAGCAACGAAUUCCCUACAACCCAAAAUAAUUGUUGCAGAACUUGACUGGGGCUCCGUCACAGAAAAACAACUGUUGGAUCUUCAGCCCGACGUCAUCGUUGCAGCAGAUGUGGUCUAUGAUCCAGAGAUCACUUCUGCCCUGAUUGGUAUGCUACAAAAACUCUCCGCUUUCAGAGCGGCUAGAAAACCUCCCGAGGUCUACAUCGCCUUCACCAUUCGUAACCCAGACACCUAUCGCCUGUUCCAGGCUGGACUUGAUAAAGUUGGGAUCGGAUGGCAGAUUAUUCCAGCCCACAGCAACAGUUUCUUUCUCUAUGACGUGCAACCCAACGUAACUAUUCUACAGCUAUUUAUAUAGACUUGGCAAAUAUGACAGAAUUAGAAUUUUCAGAGCGCGCUCAUCCUUGCAACAAGAUAACCUUGAAUUCUAGAAAUGAGAGGCACCGAGAAUACAACUGUAAGCACGGACUGUUGUCAAAGUGAGUUACAUUUUUUCCUGUAAUUGUCAGCGUGUACGCAAGCAAGCUGCUGCCCCUGAAAAUGCCUGUGAACCUCAAGCGGUAGCAAGAAGCCCUAAUUGCACCACGCUUUGAUGCUGCAGAAGACAACAGAAUUGAAUUGUAUUUUUUUUUCCAAUUGUGUUUGAUUUGUAAAUAACGGAGGCACAUAUGCAGGAUCACAGGGUGAGCAUCACACACCGUUUCAUAGUAAUCUAUUCUUUUUAACAUUAAAACCAGCUGUAAUUGUUGUCUGCUCUGGUUUUUAUGCUUGUCUGUAUAUACUUGCAGUACAGGUCAUCUUAAAAAUUAAUAAUAAUACCUACAGUCAGCAUAGUAGGUAGUGUCACAAGCUUACAUAAUGCUAUAAGAGGAAGUAACAGACUCUGUGCUCAUCAGGUUUAUCUUUAUCCUGCAGUGAUGGCAAAACUCAGAAUUUGAUUGACAUUUCUCUCACACAAAGACUGUCACUCACAACCGACUAUCGGGAAGCCAUCCUCAGAUAGGCCAGAAAAUACAAGAAUCAUCAUACUCUGUAGCAAUGCUCUACGGAUACUGCAAGGAGGAAGAAUUUAGCUCACGUUCUCUGAAACUUUCCAUAAUCCAGUCAUUGUUUUCCCCUUGGGCAGCAUUGGUCCUGAAGCAGAAAAUCAAAUAUGCUGCUCUUUCUCCUCUUUUGACUUCCUUUUCAGUACCUCGGUUUAAAAGCUACUUAAAAGACAAGGAACAAAUACUUUAGCCUCCUCCUUCUGUAGCAAUAGACGACAGGUAACUCGAAAUGUGAAGAAUCAUCUUACUCUUCCAGUUGAAGGCGGCCGUGACCGCUAGUUUUACGUUGGAUGUAUCGAAGUAACCCCGCUGCGCUUCGUUUUAGAAUUUUGGAUCUAAAACAUUUUAUUAUAGGAAGAUGAAACAUCUCUAAAGCUUUUGGCAUUACUGUUUAAUUAAAGAAAUUUAGGUCCAUAAGCAUAUCAAUGCCUGAAGGGGAAUGGCCAUACCACCGGACGGAAAAAGUAAUAAUAAAAAGAAUCAGCAAAUAAAUCUUUAUAGAUCAUUUUUCAGCCAAUAAACUAGUGAAAGUGCUGAACCCCUGCAGUAAGCAACUUGGGACUCUCUUCACCUUCACACCAGUGGAAUCAAAUCAUUGUCAAUCUUUUUUCAGAGUGUCUGCUGUCACCACGGUGCAGAGGGGAAGGGCAAGAUUAGCAGAGGGCUGCCUAGCGUGGCAAAAGCAGAUAUUAAACAAUUCCUCAGUAAGCGGGUUGAAAAAUGCUGCUGCAGAAACCACCACUGAACUAGGAACUCUGAAGAGGCUCAAUGCAAGCGGUAACCACAUAAAACCAAGCACAUUUAUUCCUCAAAUGACUGACAUCUAUUUUAUAAAGAAGCUAAAAGGUGAUGAAAAAAGCAUCUUGUAAGCAUUAGGUCCGCCUAUGAAUACUGAUAGUGAAUGUAAAAAAAUAAAAUAAAGGGUACACCCAAGUGAGCACUCUGAAAGUGAAGCGGCCUUUUAUUAAUUUACACAUACUUUAACAACCUGGUUUGGGUUUAUUUUUUCCUUUUCUCUUCGCCUGUUCAAAAAGGGAUAAAUUUUAUGUUCUUUCUCAAGGUAAAUGGGCACAUUCAUUUCAGUGUACA